AUGUCGGACAUUCAGUCGCCUGUUGCCUCCCCGGCAGGAGACGACCCUCCCGUCAACGAUGGCCAGGAGAAGGAACCCGAAGAGGACAUGGCAGCUGUCUAUUCUGACAAGGAAUCCGACAUACUUUCUGAAGUCGAUGAAGACCAGCUUGAAGACUACGAUCCCGAAACUGCCAAUAUUGAAGACCGGCCCGUCGACAUUGACGAAGACGUCGCCCGCACGCUCAAGGUCUCGAAGCGAAAGCGUAUAGAAGCGCAGCCUAAGAAGCCACGAGAGGGUCGACGCGAAAAGAAGCGUCGCGACCGCGAUGACGAUGUGACCAUGGAGGACGGCUCUGACGGGGAUCAGGAGCGCAAGCCUCGACGCCGCCGGGCCGCCGCCGAGGGCGAGCGGGCUCCUCGGGCCGCGCGGGCCAAACAGACGUCGCCAGAGCCAGAGAAUGAAGACCACCUAUCGCCCGAAGAACGGAGAAAGCGCGCAAUUGAUCGGGCACUAGACGCAGCCAUCAAAAAGGGCGGCUCAUCGUCGACAAGACGACGGAAGAAGGAUGAAAUUGACCUGGAAGACGAGAUCGAUGAACAGCUGGCGGAUCUCAAAGUGCAGAUGGAGAGGGCUUGUUUGGCCGACAACGAGGCUCGACGCGUGGGCCAGCCAGCGCUGCACAAACUUAAGCUGCUACCGCAGGUGAAUGCGAUUUUGAACCGCAACAACGUACAGCACGCGGUGCUAGACCCCGACACCAACUUUCUGCUGCACGUCAAAUAUUUUAUGGAGCCGCUGAGCGAUGGGUCGCUGCCAGCGUACAACAUUCAGCGCGACCUGUUCACGGCGCUUACCAAGCUCAAUAUCGAAAAGGAGUCCCUACGCAGUAGUGGAAUUGGCAAAAUUGUGCUCUUCUACACCAAGAGCAAGAAGCCUGAGCCGAGCAUCAAGAGGAUGGCAGAGAGGCUGCUUGGAGAAUGGAGCAGACCUAUUUUGAAGAGGACGGACGACUACAAGAAGCGCCAUGUUGAGACGCGCGAAUUUGAUUACCAUGCCGCCAAGCUGCAGCAGCGCCAGAAGGCUGGCUCGCAGUUCAACCUCACGCAGCGUCCGGCACAGUCGGCAGCCGAGGUGGAGAGGGAGAGGAUGCUGGCACCGACGCGACUCAAUAAUGAGGCGCGAAUGGCCAGCCUGCCCUCGAGCUAUACGAUUGCGCCGAUGAGCACGUUUGACGGCAACCGGGCCAAUGACCACCGGCCUCUUGGCGCAAGCGGCAUGGAGGCGUUUCGCAAGAUGACGCAAAAGGGCAAGAAGCGUGGCUAA